AUGGUCCUCCAUAACCCCAACAACUGGCACUGGGUCAACAAGGAUGUCUCGGAGUGGGCAAAAAACUGGUUCACAGAUAACCUGACCAAGAUCGAGGUGGAGGAUGGGGGCUCAAAGGUUAAGGUCAGCAAGGUCAUAACCUGCGACGGUGAUGUCGACGUCAGUCAGCGCAAGGGCAAGGUGAUCACAAUCUACGACGUGAAGCUGGUCCUCGAGUUCUCCGGCUCUGCCCCCGAGGCAGACACGGUUUCUGGCACCAUCACCGUGCCCGAGGUGGCACACGACACAGAGGAGGACGAGUUCGUGUUCGAAGUCGAUGUGUACUCUGAGUCGAAAGAGAAGCAGCCUGUGAAGGAUCUCAUCCGGGCCAAGCUCAUCCCGCAAUUGCGACAGGAGUUUGUCAAGCUCCCGUCUGCCCUCAUUGCCGAGCAUGGCAAAGACAUCCAGCACGCGCCGGGCUCCAACCCCUCCAGUGGCUUCUCAACUCCCAAAUUCCAACCAAAGGCUUCCGCCCCCGAGCCAUCCUCAACGACCGUGAAGUCGAGCAGUGGGAACGUCGUGAACACCACCACUGUGAACGACAGUGAGGAGUUCCGCACAACCGCAGAGGAGCUGUACAAGACGUUUACCGACCCCCAGAGGAUCGCAGCCUUUACGCGCGCACCGCCAAAGGUCUUUGAGGGCGCAAAGAAGGGUGGCAAGUUCGAGUUGUUCGGGGGUAAUGUGGUGGGCGAAUACCUGGAGCUUAACGAGCCCACCAAGAUCGUGCAAAGCUGGAGGCUGCAGCAGUGGCCAGCAGGACACUUCUCCAAGCUGGAGAUCGAGUUUGACCAGAACGAUGUGGACUCUGUGUCAGUGAUGCGAGUCAACUGGACCGGUGUGCCAGUGGGCCAGGAGGAGGUCACCAAGGAAAACUGGCAGAACUACUACGUGCAUAGCAUCAAGAGGACUUUCGGCUUCGGUACCAUUCUUUGA